CAGAGAAUUUAGUUUCUUAUGGUCUGAAAGUCCUUCAGAUGCCUUUUGGUAAAUUCUAGGCGGGCCUAGCAUACCAUACAGGCCUGAUUAGUAGAUUGCUGCACAGACAGUUGUUCUUCCGUAAGGUUCUGUAAGAAAGAGUCCUGGUGGUUCCAAACAUUUUCUACUUACAGAUGAUGGAGGCCACUGAGCUUAUUUGAACUUUUAGACCAGCAGAAAUUUUUCUGUAACCUUCCCCAGCCAUGUGCCUAGAGACAAUCCUGCCUCGGAGGUCCACAGACAGUUCCUUUGUCUUCAUGCUUGGUUUGUGCUGUGACAUGCACUGUCAACCCUGGAACCUUAUAAAGACAGGGAUAUGCCUUUUCAAAUCAUGUCCAAUCAACUGAAUUUACCACAGGUGAACUCCAAUUAAUCUGCUGACACAUCUCAAGAUUGAUCAGUGGAAACGGAAUGUAUUUGAGGUCAAUUUAGAGCUUCACGGCAAAGGCUGUGAAUACUUCUGUACAUGUGACUUUUCAGCUUUUUUAGUUUGAAUAAGUUUGCAACAAUUUCAAGAAAUCUUUUUUACAUUGCGAUUAUGGGGUAUUGUGUGUAAAAUUUUGAGGAAAUAAAUGACUUUAAUUCAUUUUGGAAUAAGGCUGUAACACAACAAAAAAAUAAAAUAAAUGUGGAAAAGGUGAAGCGUUAUGAAUUCUUUCCAGAUGCACUGCACGUGCAAAUCAAGGAAAUUGAUUUAUAUAUCAAGUAAGUCUUGUUAACAUUGCAUCAUUUAUUUAUUGUUAGUAUUGCAUUUAUUUAUAGAUUAUUUUUACUAAGUAGCUGUAUACCUAGAGAAAGAUACCUUAACUAAUUUGAUUAUAAAGUAUAUUUUGUAACAAAGUUUUUACAGUUCACAGGCAAAGAUCAUGUUUAUUCAAGUUAUUUAUUGGACUGCCUCUGCUAGUAAUCAUGUGUAUUCUGGUGGAAUGGUCUAAUAUGGGUAAUGAUAAUAAGAAAAACAUACCACCCAGCUUUCUGUCUCAGCAUCUCACAGGACUCCACAACUCUUCAACCUCUGAUGAUUCUGCGGGGUCUCAGUCACUAAGAAGCUUUUUUCAGUCUGAAUUUGGAAUCAGUUUGCAGAGUUACUAUAUGUUGCAGGAGGCUGUUUACUGGCCCGGUCCUCACAGACCAAUUACACAUUUAUCAAUGAGUACUAGUCCAGAGAACACCAAAUUCACCAUUCAGAAUCUGAAAGAGAGCUACCAAACUGGCGAGGAACUUUUUGUUAUGGUGCAUGCAAAGGAUUUCAACAAUAACUCCAAAGAUUACGGGGGAGACUUUUUUCAAGCCAAGUUGUUCUGGUCCAAAUCUAAGGCCAGUGUUUUUGGGGAUGUGGUGGACCUGCUCAAUGGCUCCUACUCAGUGCGUUUCCUUCUGCCUUGGGUCGGAGAAGCUCAGGUUGCUGUCCGUUUAAUUCACUCCAGUGAAGCUGUGCAAGUCUUGAAGCAUCACAGAGAUACUGACUCAGACAGAGUUUACUAUAAUGGAUAUUACGAGGCUCCAGGACCAAAUAAAACCAGGCUAAAUGAAGUUGUGGAGUGUAAUGUGAAGUGGGACAAGAAUGGAUUGGAGAGUUUAGGAACCAAAAACUGCUGUUGUGAAUACAGCGAUCCUCGUACCAGAGAAACGUGGCGCUGCAAGAAACCCAAAUCUCUGCCAUGCAGCGCCCUUGUCUACCACUCCAUGGGCUCUUACAGAAACCGACUAACUAAAGAGGAGAAGGCACUAAUGGAGGAAACUAACAAAGGUAUCAAAGGAGAUGAGAACAUCAUCAAAAUACUUCAUUCUCCUGGAAAUAAAACCAUUGAUGUUCCAGAGAAAUGUCGACCUGGUUUGCACACUCCAGUUCCAGCUGGCUUUUUCCUGGAUGACGUGUGGACAUCAUUCGUCUGCAACAUCAGCCAUUUUACACCGCAAACCACAACCAAGUGCCUGAAGGACAAACACAUCUAUAUGAUGGGAGACUCAACUAUGAGACAGUGGUUUGAGUUCUUUGUGAAAACAAUACCAACCCUGAAGCAGAUGAAUCUCCAUGUCCAAUAUAACGCCGGUCCGCUCAUGGCAGUUGAUGUGGAAAACAACAUUGACUUACACUGGAGAGCUCACGGCUUUCCUCUUCGCACUUUUAAGACAGCGGUGGCUAGUUUGCAUUAUAUCAGUAAUGAGAUUGAUGACCUGGCUGGAGGCCCUCACACAAUCAUCAUGCUCAAUCUGGGACCUCAUUUCACCACGUACCCUCUGGAUUUCUUCACUCUUCGGGUGUUGAGGAUUCGCAAAGCUCUUCUUGCACUUUUACAGCGAGCGCCUGAUACUACUGUUAUCAUCAAGACUGUAAACACUGGAUAUAAGGAUGUUUUUGGCAGUGACUGGUAUUCUCUGCAGCUGGACAGAGUUCUGCGUUGGGCUUUUCAGGAUGUGGGUGUUUAUAUUCUGGAUGUGUGGCAAAUGACCGCCUGUCACUACAGCAAAGAAAACAUUCAUCCAGGCCCAAUCAUCAUCAAAAAUGAGAUUGAUGUUUUACUGUCUUUUAUUUGCCCUAAGUGAAUUAAAAUGAUCUCUACUGUUUCUUUACUGAACAGCACUGUUUGACUUGAUUGUUUAAACUGUCCCAUAAUAAACCACUCCUUGAAUUUAAAAA